GUGGCGAUCCAGUCCUCCGCCUCGCCGCGCGCCCCGCGCCCCUAUUUAUACCGCGGCCAUCACCUGCGUACGUGAGCGCUACCACCACCACCACCACCACCACCAGAGACAGAUCGAGCCCCGACCGCCGCCGAUCACCCUCGGGUCACAGCAGCAGCAAGCCCCCGCCGGACGGCAGGAUGUCGUGGCAGACGUACGUCGACGAGCACCUCAUGUGCGAGAUCGAGGGCCACCACCUCACCUCCGCCGCCAUCAUCGGCCACGACGGCACCGUCUGGGCCCAGAGCGCCGCGUUCCCGUCGUUCAAGCCAGAGGAGAUGGCCAACAUCAUGAAGGACUUCGACGAGCCCGGGUUCCUGGCCCCGACCGGCCUCUUCCUCGGCCCCACCAAGUACAUGGUCAUCCAAGGCGAGCCCGGCGCCGUCAUCCGCGGCAAGAAGGGAUCUGGAGGCGUGACCGUGAAGAAGACCGGGCAGGCCCUCGUGAUCGGCAUCUACGACGAGCCCAUGACCCCCGGGCAGUGCAACAUGGUGGUCGAGAGGCUCGGCGACUACCUCGUAGAGCAAGGCCUGUAAAACGGAUCGCCCGUCCACGGUUGAAGAAGCAUCCAUCAGCAACAAUACAACCGCCAGCACGUAGUAGUCUGUGUCCACGCACGCAUUUUUAGUCCCCACGCCCGGGAUUGUGCGUGGCUCCGUUACCUCCGGCAUUUCUUCAGUCCCCUGCCCCCCGCCCGUCGCCGAUCAUCAGAGAAUAUUUUCCUUGUUUGAUUGAUUGAUUUGUUGGUGUCGUUUUGGCAAAUAAUUUUGUGAUUUUUUCUCUCCCAAAUUUGGUUGUCGUCGAUUUGUGAACCCGGAACAAUAUAUAUAUGUGUGAUUGAACUGGUACUACCUAUUCUUUGUAAUACGAGAAUGUGUAUGUAUUUCGUGCAAUUUCUUCUAAAUUUCCA